AUGGGAAGUGACGAUAGGUAUCAAGUAGCCCUCAUCGGGCUCGGUUCGCGGGGCUACAAGACUUGGUUUGAAUGCCUACGCGAGAGCUCCUCAAUUUCCAUCUCCGCUGUAUGCGAUAGCAAGCCAGCCACGCUCGACACCUUUGCUGCUCGUCACCCCAAUAUUCCCACCUAUUCGUCUCUUGAAUCACUACUUCAAGUCCGGAAGCCGGACUUCGCCAUUGUCAGCGUCCCCAACCGCCUACACGCGGACUGCAUUAGGCAACUCGCCGCGGCCGGUGUCCCAGUUCUGAAGGAGAAGCCUGUUGCCAACUCUGAGGCUGAUUUUGAGGAGCUAUGUCGUUCCAACACCACCAUCGGCGUGGUUUUCCAGCGCCGGUGGCAGGCGCGCUACAUCCAUCUGAAGAGCUUCCUCCCUCUCGUCGGGCGUAUCCUCUCUGUGCGCGCCACCUUAGCCGGUCAGUAUGACCCGCCGCAGAAUGGCUGGCGCGUUUUGGAUAACGUGGGCACCUUUCACGAUCUCGGAGUUCAUAUGCUAGAUAUCUUGGUCUGGCUCUUUGGACGACCGUCCAGUGUGCUAGGCCUUCGCGUUGAAGACGGCCCGCCACAGGCGCGAGACCGCGAGUCGCACUCCUCUAUAAGAUGGGACGCCUCCGGUAUCGUCGGCCAUCUCUACGUCUCGGAAGUCUCGCUGGGCAAGGAAGAGAGGCUUCUCGUACGCGGCACGAACGGCUCGCUGCACCUCGACGGCGAAAGCCUUAUCCACCGCGAUGUCCAGGGCCGACAGACCUUCCACAUGGCCAUUCAGUCGCACAAAAGCGACGCCAUUCAGGCCAUGUGCCAGGACUUCGGCGACUAUGUCAAAGGUCGUGCGGAACAUUUUUCUACGUCGAUUACCCGGAUGGCAGAUACGGUAGCAGCGGUGAAUGCCAUUGACAUCUCCUUCAAGUCGCACAAGCUGCAGUACCUAGAUCCCAUUCCCGCAUCUUCCGAGAUGAAUGGCCAUCACGACGACCUGGUGCAGCACCGGUUCGAGCUCAACACUGGCAGCAAGAUGCCAGCGGUAGGUCUGGGAACCCGCAAGCCCAAGAAGCCAAGACAGACCUAUGAGGCCGUCAAGGCUGCGCUGGCCGUGGGAUAUCGACACAUCGACUCUGCGUCCCGGUAUAACAACGAGGACCAGGUGGGUGACGCCGUGCGGGAUUCGGGGAUUCCGCGCGAGGAAAUCUGGAUCACCACCAAGAUUGACAAUGCCUCGCAACAUCUCGUGGCGGAGUCAGUAGACAAGUCGCUGGCCUCUCUAGGACUUGGCUAUGUUGAUCUUCUUCUUAUGCACUGGCCCAUUGCUGUAUCGCCCGAUGAUGCCUCUGCCGCGAUGCCGGGCUGGACCUUCACAGAUACCUGGCAGGAGAUGCAGCGCGCAGUCGCCUCCGGCCGCGUGCGCAAUAUCGGUGUAUCCAACUUCGGCAUCAGAAACCUGAAAACGCUGCUAGCUCAUCCAGCAUGCCAUGUGGUUCCAGCUGUGAACCAGAUUGAGCUGCACCCCUGCUGUCCAUCCAACGGCUUGGUGGAAUUCUGCCGGCAACAGGGAAUUCAUUGUACAGCGUAUUCUCCACUGGCAUUUGGGUUGCCCGAACUACAUGAUAGCACGGAGCUAGCCAAGCUGUGCAAACUUACGUCCAAGACACCUCAGCAAAUCCUCAUCAUGUGGGGUCUCCAGCGGGGGACCAGCGUUAUUCCUAAAAGUGUGACGCCAGAGCGCAUAGCCGCCAACUUUGACCUGACCGGAUGGACCUUGAAGCCGAUCGAGCAUCGUAUGCUGAGCCAGCUGGAAGCCAGGUGCAGAGUCUAUCCGGAUGACUGGCUGCCGGGGCAAGCCUUUUGGGAGGAGGAUAACUAG